AUGCCAGGCGAAGCAAUCGGAAAAACAAGGGCUGCAGCCGCAAAAGAGAAAGAGAAAGCAAAAGAAAGGCUGCGGGAAGCUGCCAAGGCAAACAUGUGUUCUGAAAAGGCUUUGCAGACGCAGUCUAAGCCAGAGUAUGAGGAUAUGGAAGAUAUCAGCUACAAGCCCCUUGGCAAGACACAAGCAAAUUUAAGCCAGCUAGAUGUGUUAAGAAGCCAGUCAUCUGGAUCAACGGAUGACGCAGCUUCAACUAGGGCAGGACCUGAUAUCUCUGUGUCUGCAUCUUCCGAUUCAGAUCACAAGUUGGAUCUUCUUGAGGAUUUCAAAUCCCUUAGUCUGAAUAGUGGCCCAUCUGGAGUCCUUGAUGGCUUCGGUGGAAAGGGAAGAAGCGCCUUUGCUAUCUUGCGGGGUGGUCUAUGUAAUGCGCUAAUCUAUCAUUUUAUGCGGACUAAUGCGUUCAAUACCCAAGGAUUCAAGAAUCUUUUAUACCACCGCAUCACCCUUUCCGACUACAAGAAUGAAAAGAAGGAGAAGAUUUGGCUAUAUACAAAAGAAAACAUUCAAGAGAUUGUGGGAAUCACUAUUGAAAUCAGAUCAAAUACACGCGAAUACAAGCACAGUCCGGAGGCACUUGAUCCGGAUAAUAUCAGAACGGGCAUCAAAGAAGAGGCUGAAGCCAACACCAGCCUUUUUGUUUCAUCUGCUUCGCCCGUUACACAGAUCCCCCCUUCGAACACUACUGGCCAAGGAAGUGAAGAGAAGCAAGCUCAAGGCCCGCUUCGCUUUAGCUACAACUCUUUCCUUAAAAGUAUGGCAAAAAGAGAAAAAUGGCACCGCUUGAGUGAAGAAGAUCAGGAGCGGAGAUUGGCCGAAGCUGGGGUGAGAAUAACAGCAGUAGCUGCGCAUUACGUUAUAAGUGGCAUCCAACUACGGGAAGAAAAUGGGCACUCCUUUCGGUUCGAUAAAAUGAUAGUAGUCAUCUGGGGAUUCUCUAGACCCCCUGCCAAGAGAUAUUAG